GUGCAAAUAGCCAGUUGGUAUCACUGCCCCCCUAUUCAGUCUGAUGGUUCUGCCCAAUAACAGCCUCUAUUGCUGCAGUGAAAUGACAAUAAUAUAUAUUUCUCUAGAUUGUGGGACAGGCCUGACUGUACAUCUGUACAUUCUGUCGGAAUUAAGUGUUUAUCUCCCUUUUUCUGGUUCCUCAGGCCAAGCACAGAGACAUUUCAUCACAGCCUUCAUGGAAGGUUAUAGUAAUCCAACCCUCCAGCUGUAUCUGGUCACUUAUGGAGAAGCCGCCACGGUCACUGUCACUGUAUCAGCCCCAAGUUUCCACCAAUCCGUGUCAGUUGGGAGAAACAGCACAGCCCUAGUGAGCCUGGACUCACAGUACAUGAUUACUGGCACUCAGAUCUCUUCCAAGGUUGUGUCGGUAACAUCUGAUGCCGAUAUAUCUCUAAUCGCUUUCCACACAGCCGCUAGCACUGCAGAUGCAAUGGCCGUUCUUCCAGUAGAAGACCUAGAUACUGAGUAUUUUAUUUUUACCUCAGGUUCAGGGCAACCAAAUCAGUUCGCAGUGGCCAAUGGUAUAUACCCCACUGUUCUAGUGACUGUCACAGUCUCAGGAUCCAUCACAUACAAUGGGGUACAGUAUGGGCACGGCUCGGCUUUCUCAUUCAGCCUUGGGUACCAGCAGGUCAUUCAGCUACAAAGUCCCACUGACAUAACAGGCACGAGAGUGGUGGCCACGUCCCCAGUGGCAGUGUUCAGUGGUAACAAGUGUUUUACUGGUAUUAACACUGCCUGUGAUGUCCUGCUUGAGCAGAUGCACCCUGUAAGGAAUUGGGGGACAUUCUUUCCUGUGUUCCCAUUGGCCACUCAUACCAACGAUAUCAUUGAUGUGAUGGCAGCAAAUCCAGAUACAAUAGUCAUUGUUGUAACUUCCCAACAAAGCACCCAGUACCACCUACAGCCGGGAUCCCACGAGCGACUUACCUUAGACAGCGCAGCUCUGGUGCACUCCUCAGAACCUGUCAUGAUUUCAUACCUCUUCCAAGAUCGGAAAAAUGGCCAAUACGACCCUUUUGUCACUUCUGUUCCACCAGAUCCAAAUACGAGGAAAUAUUACAAAUUUGUUACACAGUCUUUCUAUUAUAACUUCCUAUUGGUUGUAUCCCAGGCAGCUUCUCCCUCUGAGUUCUACUUGGACCAUCAGCCACUUAGUAGCUUUCCCUUAAACCAUAUGGAGAUAAAUGGAUUCAGAGCCUGGGAAGCCUCUCUGGGGAAAAUCGAUGGACAACAUGAAAUAUAUCAUAGUUCUUCUCCAUUCACUAUCUAUGUUUAUGGGCUAGAGUAUAUUGUUUCAUAUGGAUAUUCAAUGGGCCAAGAAACAACAUAUCCAGGUCCAUCUAUAACAAGUCCUACAGAAGAGCCGAAGAGAUCAACAAGUCCUACAGAAGAGCCGGAGAGAUCAACAAGUCCUACAGAAGAGCCGGAGAGAUCAACAAGUCCUACAGAAGAGCCGGAGAUAUUAACAAAUCCUACAGAAGAGCCGGAGAGAUCAACAAGUCCUACAGAAGAGCCGGAGAGAUCAACAAGUCCUACAGAAGAGCCGGAGAGAUCAACAAGUCCUACAGAAGAGCCGGAGAGAUCAACAAGUCCUACAGAAGAGCCGGAGAGUCCCCAAGAGUUACACUGUUUCUCUGGUGGAGCCGAGUUCCACCUUCCUCUCAGAUUAGUGUCUGAAGCCAAAUUAAAUGUGUCGGAUGUCCAUCUCCAAGACCCCCAUUGCCUGGGGCUGCAAGAGGGGAACACAAUCAUCAUUAACAUCCCAUUCAACAGAUGUGGGUCCAACGUUCAUAUUAAGGAUGGAAAGACAGUCUAUACAAACACCAUCUAUGGAACAGUCCCAGGGACCAGUAUCCACCGCAUUGAAGUCCCAGUGAAGUGUGAAAUGGACAUGAACGAGACCCUGGGUUUGAGCUUUCACCCCAAAGUUACUGAUGUGGUUUCCCAAAGUCACUAUAAUGUGUCAAUGAGAUUCUACCAGACUGACGAGUUCACCGACCUGGUUACAACGUUCCCCCAUGAGGUUGAUCUCCAUGGCAGUCUCCAUUUGCAGCUGAAAGUAGAGUCCGAUGAUACCAACCUACAGAUACUGGUGGAACAGUGUAAGGCUUCCCCUUCAUUAGAGGAGAGAGAGAAGGGUUACAGCAUCAUCCAGCAUGGGUGCCCCCUGGACUCAACCCUACAGAACCACCCGGUGCCGGAUCAGAGGAUGAAACAAUACAGUUUCCAUGUAUUUAAAUUCAAUCCAUUCCAGGAGGUCUAUCUGUUCUGCAACGUUAUCAUCUGCGACAAUCAGACUGCCCCAAACCGCUGCACCCAAGGCUGUAUCACCCGCAGAUACCGACGCGAUGUCUCCAAUGCAAAGCUGGGCUCUGCCCAAUUAUCCCAGGGGCCCAUUGUGCUUAAAUCUGGGGCCCAACUCCCUAACAGCCAGGCUGGGGGCUCAGUCCCUUCGAUGGUGUUGGUGGCCGUGAUCAUGGCUAUGGCCUUCCUCUCAGCGAUGGGGCUGAUGAUUCAGAGGCGUUACUACAGGAGGCCAGGAGACUCCCAGCCACUAAUAAGCAGCUACUGAGUCACAUGGACAAGAUAUCAGCCAAUGAAAGAC